GUGUGCAGGGGAGACCAAGCCCUAUUGGGAGCAUGGUGAGCCUCUCUGCCAAGUGUUCAACUCUCUCAGUAACUCUCUGGGCAAAUCUUGGAGCCACUUGACUCUAUCUGACACCUCUGUGCCGUGGUUCACAAUCUCGAGCUAAAAGCUGAACCGAUGCAUCAGCAUGUGAGUUGUGUUAAUGGAAAACAAUGGUAAGCUUACCCUCCCCCACCUCUCCCUCUCUUUAUGUAUACAUAUACACUUCAGGCCCCCCUCUCCGAAGAGCCAAACCCAUCACCCCAUUCCUUCAACGCUUUGCACCACCAAUCCCCAUGAAAAGUGCCUCCCUUUCUCUUCCACUCUCUCCCUCCACCUCCUCCUCCUCUUCCAACUCUUGCACUCUGUCCUCCUCUUCUGCGUUCCAAGUGAGCAAGCCCAGGAAACCCAGGCGUGCGAAGAAAGGUGCCAACCCAGAUAAGAAGAGGUUGGGCAAUGGCAAGAGAAGCUCGGCCUUCAGAGGAGUCACUAGGCAUAGAUGGACGGGGAGGUAUGAAGCUCACCUCUGGGACAAGCACUGCUGGAACCCCAUUCAGAACAAGAAAGGAAGGCAAGGUUAGAGAGAACCAACACUCGCGUUGGGAUUACAAACAGUGAAAGCCAGCCGAUGCUGUUGAUCCCUUCUUUAUUCACCUUUUCUAAUGCCCUUUCUUUACUGCUGACAUCUGUGCUUUCUCCCCCCCUUUCUUUUCUCGUGGAUCUUGUCUCGUGGCCUGCAUGUGGAUCAUGGAUCCAUGUCUCACAUCCCCGGAUAGUUUAUUUGGGUGCUUAUGAUGAUGAGGAAGCUGCAGCACGCGCCUACGACCUCGCUGCUCUCAAAUACUGGGGUCCGGAAUCAGCUCUAAAUUUUCCAUUUGUCACGCACACAAAAGAGUAUGAGGAGAUGCAGAACAUGUCAAAGGAAGAGUACUUAGCUUCCCUCCGGCGGCGGAGCAAUGGGUUCUCCAGAGGUGUCUCCAAGUACCGUGGCGUGGCCAGGCAUCAUCAUAAUGGCCGGUGGGAAGCAAGGAUCGGAAGAGUUUUUGGCAACAAGUACCUCUAUUUGGGAACUUUCGGUACUGAGGAGGAGGCAGCCCAGGCGUACGAUCUUGCCGCUAUAGAGUACAGAGGCCCCAAUGCAGUCACCAACUUCGACAUCAGCUGCUACGUCAAGUUCCCACAGCCCCUCCUGCAGCCACAUCCAAUUCCGCAGCCGCUGCAAAUGCCCAAGGCACGGCCACCGGCGCAAGAGCAGCAGCCGAGCGCCACCUGCGAAGAAGAGCGUCGUCAGGCCGUGGAACUUCCGAGCUACGUCGAUCACACUGCAGCAGCAGCAGCUGACGGUGUCGAUGCCAUCCCCUGGAGCCCUUUCAUGGAUCAAUGCUUUGACGACGUCUAUGCCGACCACUGCGUCGGUCUUCAUCGAACGGGUGAUCUGCAUAGCAUUUUUGGUAGCGUUGGCUUCGAUGAUAAUGUCGAUAUCCUCUUCGACGCCUCCGAAUCCAGCAGCAGGGUGGAGGAGGGCGACGGCGAUGCCGCAAAGGAUUGCAUCUUUGAGGACUCCGCUGCAACCGUGAGUAGUUUGGUGGGGGUGAGAUUGACACAGCUGCUCCAAUGAAUGUUUCGUCUCAAGAACUCGAGAAGCAGUCACAAGUUUUUGUCUGACACUUUGUUGAGCUUUCGGUGAAAGCAUAUGCUAACUCGGUUGAAAAGUUUUCUCCUCAAAUUGUGACUGCCGAUCGAUAGUUUGAUGGCUAAUUUAUCCAAGCAUUAUUUUUCUA